AUGGUCAUGACACCUGGCUUUAUUGGUAUACAACAACAACAUUUUGUUCUAGAAUGUUUAGCAAUAACUUUCUUUAAAUUACAACUUCGAGAUUUAGGUUUUUUUUCAUUUGGACUUUUUAAUCCUGGCAUUCUUGAAGAAUUACGAAAAAAAAUAACAAUAAUUGCAAUAUAUGGUAUAAAUGCAUUACGUAUGAAUGAUAAAAACAAAGUAAAAAUAUUUUCAAUUAUAUAUUGGCUUUCAGUUGUUUUAUUGUUAGUUUUACAUUUGGUUCAAUUGAUUUUAGCAUUUAAAUGGAAAGAUGAUACAAUGUAUAAUUGUCAAGAUGAUAUAAGAUAUUGGGUACCAUCAAAUUCAAGUACUGUAACUAUGCCAGAUGAUCCUAAUGCCACUACAAUUCAAGAAGUUGGUGAUGCCUGUGAGGCUGCUACUAAAUUAGCAUUAAUAUUUUAUCUGGUUGAUUAUUUUCUUAAAUUUAUUUUUUUGAUUCAUUUUGGAAGAGUGGUACAUUCAUAUAGUAAAGUAUUAUUUGAAGAAAAGAUUGAUAAUGGAGAGGAUCGUGAAAUAGAAAAAAUUGAUUUAGAAGAUGAUGAUGAAAAAAAGGAUAAACAAAAAAAUGAUAUUAAAUAA